GUGCUUGGCACUAGAGACGCCUGCACUUGUAUCCAUCGAGAUUACCUAGCAAUAAAAAGCCAUGAAUUCUCUCAUGCUUCUCAGCCGCAGUAUCGGUGGCCCCUGUUUUGAACGGGCAUUGGGCAAUUUAAUGCGGUGUGCAUGCGUUGCGCAAGAUGCAAGAUGCCAACAGCCGCAGGAUGUGUGCGGAAAGCUGAUUGGACCCGCAUUCAUGAGCUGGCUGGAUCCUAGGUUCCAGGGGGCAGGAAAUGCAUCCUUGAAAGCUGUAUAUUCAGCAGGAGAGGCAUCAGAAACUGUAGGAAGUGUUCAUCACUUAGCAGCUGGACAGUCUAGGCAGCAGCAGGUUAAUGUGGGGAAGACCAGCACAUCUGGACAAUAUGGUCACCUUCAGGCUGCAAGAUCAAUGCAGGAGAGUCAUGUAUGGACAUCUGCCGGCAUCGGGUUCAGAAGGUUCUCAACCAUUGGGGAAGUGGAUAUAAGAGAGAAGGUGGAGGACAUCAAUACCAAGUUUGCUGAGGCUCGGGAGGAGAUUGAUCUGGCUAUGGAAGCCAAGGACACUGUCUUCUUCAAUGAGGAAGCCCUGGGCGCCAAAAAGUUGGUCGAGGAAGUGCUGGAGGAGUUCAAAAGUCUCCUUGACCAGGUCGAUGAGCGAAGACGAGGGGAGCUCCAAAGAUCGAUGGGAAUGAAGAUGGAACAACUGAAAGCAGAGGCCGCUCAGUUGGACGAGGCUUCUAGUUAAGUCUGCCGUCUGAACACAGUCUCGUUCAUCGGGCAAGUAUGAUUGUCCAUUCACUCAAAGCGGAACUUAGCGCAGAAAAACUAGCAACUUAAGCAAGUACAGCACGAUUCCUGUACCCAAUAAAGCUAACACUGGGAAGCUCAAGUAAGACUCGUAUCGCAGGACAAUUGUGAGCAAGCUCACCGUGCCUGCCGGCCAGAUUCAGUACACGAGUGACCUAAUCGAAAACACAAUUUAUGCAGCCGGAUACAACGUGCCUAUGUUUCAUAGAAAUUGGCUAAAACUCG